AUGACAAAAGACCCUGUGCAGCCGGGAAGCGAGGCGCAGCUCACCCGAACGCAGGGCUGCGCUGCCAACAAUGGCAUUCAAAUCCAACACCCAAACGAGCACAUUGCUCAUGCAGGAAUCCUGCGCUCCCGACACACGGCGGCUGCAAGGGGGGAACCUACAGAUGUGCGGCUCCUGCACACAAAGGGGCGCGGGGCGGGGACGGAUCCCCGCGGCCCUCCCGCCCGCUCCCCAAGGACAGAGGGGCCGGUGCCGCCACCGCAGGACAAAGGAGGCGGCCGGAGCGGGUCGGCCCGGCCCGGCGGGCACCGGGAGCGGCGCAUCCGACCCGACCCCCCCACCCCAUACUGCGGCCGCGCGCGCCCCCCGCCCGGCCCCGCCCCACCCCGCCGGCGCGGGACGCUGCGGGAGAGGCAGAAAAUGGCCACCACGCCGCCCCGCACCGCUGCGGGGGGGAGCGCGGGGAUGCGGCGCGGAGAUGCUGCGGCGGCGCGGCCCGCACAACGGAGCCUUUGUGUGCCGGGCCCCCCCCCCCCCCCCCCCCCCCACCGCGGGCGGGCCCGGCCGCGCGCCCCCGGGGAGCGCCCCCCUCCCGCAGCCUCCCCGCCCCGCUCCGCUCCGGCCGCCGCGGGCAGCCCGGGCCCGCCGCCUACCUCCGCCUCACCUGGGUCGCGCCCGGCCGCCGCCGCCGCCGUGCCCCGCAGCUCCCGCCGCCCGCUCGCCGCGCGCCUUUAG